GGGCGUGACGAGGCUUUUUUGUUCAGGUUAGUGCCCGUGAGUGUGUGGUUUGGGACUCUCAAGUGUACCCAAAACUUCUUCCCAAGUCCGAACAAUAUAUAUCCAUCCACCCUAUCGUGCCAUUUAAGAAACGCAAUAACUGACCCCAUGGGCACAAUACCAUCACACCAGAACCCCAUGAAAGGAUUCCAGUAACAGACAGUUCUAUCGGAGACGAACUGCUGAGGUAGAACAUAGCAGUUUGACUCGGACACCGUACAGAGUCCAACAUCAAUUGAAUUAUCUUUAUUAGUAAGUGGUAAGUAUAAUUUGGGGGUUUAAGUGGUAAGUAUAAUUUGGGUGUGGCUGGUUGGAAAACUUUGCUGUAAUGGAGCAAGGUACAGCUUCAAACCCUGCUCAACCAUCCGGAUCCUUUGACAAGUCAAGAGUGCUUGAGGUCAAGCCUUUAACAUGUUUAGUACCUGUAUUUCCAUCUGCGGGUGGAAUGUCACCUAUUGGGUCCCCACAACCUUCACCCUUUGUAUGUGUUCCUCCAACUGGCCCUUUUCCUCCUGGGGUUGCUCCCUUUUACCCAUUUUUAGCACACAACUCUGGAGGAAGACCAGCUGAACAAGGGUCAUCUGCUAAGCCCAUGUUCCCGACUCCUAUAAAAUCGUUCAGAACUCCAACUGAAAAUGGAAGUACUGCGAGAUCAAAGAGGACCAGUAGAAGAGUGGUAGAAGAUGACAAUGGCUGCAGUGAAUCCCAGAACCAGAGUGGCUCUAGCAUGCCUGUUAUUGACGAAGAGGACAGCAGUACAGGAGGACGAAAGGGAAAAUCUGAAAAAAAGGUGAGGACAAGGCCCAAGAUGGACAAUGCAUUUAUUGAAGCGUAUUAUGAACCAAUGCUUAACAAUCUUAUUGAAUUAUUCAAACUCACUGAUUUGGAUACGUAUAAGAAGGCUGAUGGUGACAAGGAAACUGUCAGGCGCUUAUUGUUGGCUUAUAAUUUGUUAAGAAGAAAGAUGACCGAAUCCGAGGAGAAGAGGGAGUCAAGUACUGUAGCUUUCAAACGCCCAGAUUUAAAAUCUGGGGCAAUGAUGAUGACAAAGGGGAUACGUACAAAUCUUACAAAGAGGAUAGGGAAUGUACCUGGGGUUGAAGUAGGAGACGUCUUCUUUUUCAGAAUGGAGCUAUGUUUGGUUGGGGUGCAUGCCCAAAGUAUGGGGGGUAUAGAUUUCAUGAGUGUAAAAUCAUCUCUGUAUGAAGAACCUCUUGCUCUCUGCAUCGUCUCUUCAGGAGGAUAUGAAGAUGAGGGAAGUGAUGCAGAUAUGCUGAUUUACACUGGACAGGGUGGGGUCCAAAGAAAGGAUGGGCAAAUGUUUGAUCAGAAACUUGAAAGGGGAAAUCUUGCUCUGGAGAAGAGCCUGCAUCGUGCCAAUGAAGUCAGAGUUAUUAGGGGUUUAAAAGAUUAUAUGUCAGUAGGUGGGAAGGUCUACCUGUAUGAUGGUUUGUACAAAAUUGAGGAGUCAUGGGCAGAGAAUAACAAGUCCGGGCUCAACAUUUUCAAGUACAAAUUGGUCAGGUUGCCUGGACAGCCUGAGGCUUAUACCUUGUGGAAAAAAAUUCAGCAAUGGAAGGACGGUCUUGCUGUACGGCCUGGUAUUAUCUUAUCAGACCUGACGUCUGGUGUGGAGAGUCAACCAGUUUGUCUGGUCAACGAGGUUGAUAAUGACAAGGAACCCACUCAUUUCACGUAUAUCCGAACUCUUAAAGACCCAAAACCCUUUUUAAUGCUCAAUGAUUCUUUGAGCUGUCACUGCACAGGUGGAUGUCGUCCUGGUAACUCCAGCUGCCCUUGUCUCCAGAGAAAUGGAGGUUUUUUGCACUAUAGUGCCCUCGGAGUUCUCUUGACCUACAAAUCUUUUAUACACGAGUGUGGUCCGUCCUGUUCCUGCCCUCCGAACUGCCGAAACCGAAUAUCUCAAGCAGGUCUUAAGGCCCGUUUGGAGGUUUUCAAAACAAGGAAUCGAGGAUGGGGACUUAGGUCGUGGGACCCUAUUCGCUCAGGUGGUUUUAUAUGCGAGUUUGCGGGCGAAGUCAUUGAUGCAUCAAGGGCAGGUGAGUAUGGGAGCGAAAGUGGGGAUAGCUAUAUGUUUGAUGCCACUCGUAACUAUCCACCAUUGGAAGUUGUGCAAGUUGGUCAGAGUAAUUCUCCACAAAUCCCAUUCGCCCUUGUUAUAAGUGCAAGAAGUUAUGGGAAUGUAGCUCGUUUUAUGAACCAUAGUUGUUCACCAAAUGUGAUGUGGCAGCCUGUUGUGCUUGAGAAUAAUAAUGAGGCAUAUUAUCAUGUUGCCUUCUUCGCCAUCGGCCACAUUCCACCUAUGCAGGAGCUGACUUUUGAUUAUGGAGUGAUACCAUCAAAUAGAGCAGCAGAUUGCAGGAGGAAGAGGUGUUUGUGUGGGUCACCAAACUGCAGAGGAUUUUUUUACUAGCUAUGGAGCUUCAGAUAAUAUCAUCAUCUGCACAAUGACUAGAGCCUAAAAGACACGGAUCCAGCAAUGCCCCUGAAUAAAAUCGUAAACUUGUUUGGGGUUGUUAGCUUGUAGAUUCAAGGGAUCUCUAUAUUGAUUUAUCUAGUUACUUGUACUCUGUUCGGUUGUACUCGGCAAAAUCUUGUUAACUCCUAUAUAGCAUGGACCUAAUGUGUACUCUUUUGCCUCCUACAGUCUUUGUAAGCCAAUGUAGAAACUACAUGCAGAAUUCUGUUGAAGUGUUGUGCUCUCCCAACUUGUGUAGAUAUGUGAUCGACUCAUCGACCAUUAACCAUGAUAUAUUUCGGAUAAUAACUUUUUGACACACACACAUAUAUGUUUUGAUUCAAAUAAGAAAAAAUCAAGAAAUUUCCA